CAAACAUGGCGGUUAGAUUACAAUGUUAACAGUGUAGUAUUUUGUGAGAAUCUUCAAGCUAUUUCACGCAUAUUAUGGAUUUUGAAAGAAGAGCUUUAUCAUCUAGGUCACCUGCCACGAGGUAUGAAGUCCUUCUUGUCGAAGAUACGCCAAAGAAAGGACUUUCCGAAGAACGGAUGACAACAUGUUUUCAUGUCUAUGAUGAACUAAUUCCAGAGUUGGGAGUUUAUAAGAAAGUUUUGAAGAUGCUUCGGGAUGAACUAUACGAAGCUGUGUAUAGCAAUGAAUACACUACAGCAACACCUAAAAAAGGGAAAAGCAAGACGACUUAUAUUCAACGCAUUCCUUAUUUCGUACUUGUUAAUCGAGUUUUUGAGGAACGCGAUAAAAACGCAGACCAGCUAAAAGAAGCCAUUAAUGCAUUAGAAAACAAACUUGCUGAGAAAGAUCAACAAUUGGAAGAGGCUAAUAAAACCAUCGAGCAACUUAAAAAAUCACUUAAAGAGUGCAGUGAUAAGAUUUACAACAUGGAAAUCGAAAUGGAAAACCAGAAUCUCGAGCAGAGGAAACUUGAAACAAGCGUCCAAUAUGAACAGAUGAUGCAACAAGCGGCUAAAGACCGUUACGAAAAACGCAUUUCAGGUCUUAAAGAGGAUCUCACUCAAGCUAAGGAAAGGAACAAAUUCCUUGAAAAGUUUAAAGAAGGUUAUGACGCCCUUGAAGAAGCAUUUAAUGAUUCAACAGUGUUCGAUAAUAAGCCUCAAAAACCAGCUGUUCUAACAAGGAGAGCUCAACUCAUUCAAGAAAUAUCUAAUGCUAAGCUUCUGGAAGAGCAACUCCUUACCAUGCAGAAUUUAGUUAUUGAGGAAUAUGAACUCUUCUUGGAGGAGAAUAAGGCUUUGCCAACAGAAGAAGUUGACUUGAAGAGCAGUGGAAGUAACUUUCGUGCAACACCAGAUGAUGAACACGAAAUGAGAGUGAAACUGGAAGAGGAGCUGCACAAAGUCAAGGAAAGAUUUAAAAAGAGUAUUGCUGAUAUUGAAAACGAAUUUCAGCUCAUUGAGAUUCAAAGGUCUAGUCUUGAAGAUCAGUUGGCCGAACUUGAGGAGGAAGCUAAGAGGAUAGAAAGAGAAACCAACGAAAAGAAAGAGAGAAAGAAAAGCAUGUUUUUCAUGGAAGGAGAAAAGGAAAGGAAACCAGAUACACCUGAAGACGAUGACGAGAUUGACUUUGUGAAGAUCAUGAACAGUGCACAUAAUCAAGAUCCAUUUAUUUCACACGAAAGAAUCCUGAGCAAGUACUCAGCAAUGAUGUACUACUCCUGCAACCAGGGAAAGAACUAUCACGAGUUUAAAGAUGCCAAGUUUUGUGCAAGUUGUGGUGAGACAACUCUACUCUGUCCUCACAAAGUUACAGAUCACAAGGUUGUUUCAUUGCCUCAUAACUGUACCCACAUAAAGAUCAUCAGGCCAACAGUGCACAUAUCACGUGAGGAAAAACCUCCUGUUCUUGUAACCGAAACUCCCGAGAGCGUCCGAGCGAUGUCGGCGAUUUCAAACAGCACUGUAACUUACGGAGAAGAGUCCAUCUUGAAAGAACAACAACACCUGACCACGACAUACAAGUUCCUCUGGGAUGAUUACUACUCAAGGACAUCAAUUAGAAGACAGAUACCAAGGGCUCUUUCUCAGGAUCGUGUAUCGUCCAUCAUUGAGCAGUUUUACUCUUCACUUAUCUGGCAGGAUGAUUACGCAGUGGAAGAUGAACAAAUUGUUUCAGUUGUGGAUACGCUGUACUCUUUCUUCCACGAACGAUAUCUUGUUCCAGAUGUCACAUUUCUAGCUGUGUUUGAUUUCUUCACAAGUGUGAUCAAGUUUGCCUCGGGCAACAAGAACAUUCAGUUGUUUGCUCAGGCGAUGUGUGGCAGCUUGGACCCAGUUGUGGUUCGUUACAUCCUUUUGAUAAAUGAGUUUAUCGAUCUGGUUGAGUGGUUGGCCGUCAAAGACAUCAGGAUUUUUGCUCAAGUUGUUUAUCCCUUCAUGAAUGAGGAAGACAUUGAGCAGUUCUCAAUGGGCUACACCUCCUUCAGCGAAAACAAGAUUUCUAAAGAACUGGUGUCCGAGUAUUUCCUGUACAUCAUUCUGAAGUACAGAGAACCUCGCUUUCAAGAAAUGGAAGUUAAACUGCUGCAACAACCAGGAAGGAGGCCUGGGUUUAUGACCGAUAUUGAAUAUGCUGAAGCUAUCGAUAACAUCUGUCCCUUGGCAUCGGAACGCAUGCGGCGCCGUCUGUUUGUAGAGUCUGUGGAACACUUGAGAACCGCUGAUGACUCUGUAUCCGUGAUGCGACUGGCACAGAUCACUGGUUAUCUGACCCUAUUACAACUCACACCCGUCAUUAAGAAUACGGUUUCCCAGAGAGUGGAUGAAGUACGCCUUGUCGUCGCUGAAGGACAGUCAUCCCCACUCCCUGAUGCUCCGGUGAGCAAUGCAUCCAAACCAGGGGAUUUUUUCACCACAAGUAGCGCACGUGCAGUAGCGGCUGAGAAUGCUAAACGCUCAAGGACUCGGCAACUAAAAAGGAUUGAAGAAUACCAGUAUGAAUGAGAGCAGGAACCCUCAGGAAUCAGGAACUGUUACCCCAGUAUUAUGAGAGCAGUUCUCAAAAAUUUAUUUUAAGAGAAAGCUAUUGUUACUUUUGGCAAAGUUUAUCAAAUUGUUAAGUCUUGAGGCAAUUAUACCGUAAAGGAGUAAUACUUAAUCAAGGCACAAGGGAAGGCCUGACAUGUUUUGUUUACCUAAGUUAACGCACAUAGUAUGACGUGUUGUCAAGAAAAGAGGACGUAGAGCGUGAAAAAUAAGGACAACCCUUUAGGUAGAAUGUGAUUUGAGUGGAAGAACUUGUUCUGUGAAUAACAAGUAAAUAAAGCAGUUAGUAACACUGAA